AUGGAUGUCAAAAAGUGGAUGAUAGUUGUUUUUGUGACUCAUUGGACCAUCACUCUCGCGCUGAGUGCUACUGCCAUAUUGGAUGCUAGCCUGAUGAUGACGACGAGAACGACGAAUGUGAUGAUGACAAUGAUGACGGCAAAGGUGCAACCGGGAAAUCGAAUACCUCCUUUCCUCUCCAAUCCUUUCAAUCCCUUCAUGCCAUUCUAUCACAAUCCGCUGCAUGGCCUCUCCGCCGCUACCGCCACCAACACCUCAGGGACGCAUGAGGCCCUUCGAAAAUCACCGGUGGAUCGGCUUUCUGAUGGCUGUUUGGAAUCGAUUCAGAAUAGAUGCGGGCUAAAAAGUGAAUUGGGUACCUUCCCUCCACCCACACAUACAGCCUCACAUCCAAUGGGCAGAGGUGUCGGUGGCGGCGAUUUCUGGCGAAGCGGGCAAGCCACCUCCUUGAAGCCCGAUCCCUCUUCCACGUCCACAGCGACAACAACACCAUCUUCAUCGUCGUCUUCGCUCUAUGCCGCGGUGAUGGCAGCCGCAGUGGCCUCCUGGAGCGGUCAAUCGGCUUCUACUGCGACUCCCACCACCAACGCUCUCGUCACCGGUGUUCCAUCCUCCCGAAGUGAUUCCCACGGUAAAACCAAUGUCGGUUCCUGCUGUGGGGAAGUCGGGACCAAGAGAACAAAGUCUCUAGAUGCUGCUAAAACACCUUACUCACCAAGCUCGGUGGUAGUCGAGAUUGAUACAGGGGAGAGCACAACUGCACUGGUCCAUUUUCUUUUCCUCCCCCUCUUCUUCCAACAUCGUCUCUAA